AUGAAGUUUUGGAUCGUUCGAGGCGAAUGUCAAGGAUGGGUGUUGUCCGCGCUUUCGUUUCAAGGCCGAAACACGCCCUGGGGAAAUGGCAUUCGGUACAUGUGGUUAGAGAUAAUUUUUUUUCGCAUAUUUUAUCAUAUUGGUAUUUUCAAUUCGCCGAACAAGGUUUACCAAGGCAAACGACAAAACCGAUCGAAAAUCGACUACGCCUUUACAGCGUCAGUUCCUGGUCGGCCAGCUCAUUACGAUCGUCUGAUCAGGAUUGCGGGAGCGUGUUAA